AUGAAAACAUGUUACUAUGAAUUAUUAGAAGUAUCAUCAACGGCAACCGAUACCGAAUUGAAAAAAGCAUAUCGUAAAAAGGCAUUAUUACUUCAUCCAGAUAAGAAUCCUGAUAAUGUUGAAGAAGCCAAUCAUAAAUUUUCAUUAGUUAGAGCUGCUUAUGAAGUAUUAAGUGAUCCUCAAGAACGAGCAUGGUAUGAUAAUCAUAAACAAUCAAUAUUAAAUGAUGAAGAUGAAAUUAUUGAAGGAGAAUCAUAUUUACCUUCGAUUUCUACUGAAGAAAUUUAUCGUUUUUUUAAUCCAUCAAUGUAUACGGAAAUCAAUGAUUCAAUAUCAGGGUUUUAUCAAGUUGUUACGAGAAUAUUUGCAAGAUUAGCUCAUGAAGAAAUCCAACAUGGUAAAUAUUCUAAAAUUCCUGGGUAUGAGAAAUAUCAUGAUGAUGAUGAUAAAAAUAUUAAUGCCAUUGAUCCAUCACUUUUAAAGUAUCCAAGAUUUGGUAAUAGUCAAAGUUCUUAUAUUGAUCAAAUUCGACCAUUUUAUAAUGUUUGGGGAUCAUUUCAAACUUGUAAAACUUUUAAUUGGAAAGAUGAAUAUCGAUAUUCCGUGGCUCCGGAUAGAAGAACAAGAAGAAUGAUGGAAAGAGAAAAUAAAAAAUUACGUGAUGAAGCAAGAAAAGAAUAUAAUGAAACCAUUAAAAAAUUUGUAAGUUUUAUUAAAAAAAGAGAUCCAAGAGUUAAAUUGGGGCAAGAAGAAUUAAAUAAAUUGAAUAAACGUAAACAAUUACAAGAAUACGAGAAUCAAAUUCGUCAACAACAACAAUUAAAUAAAUUGAAAAAUAAUAAUAAUGGAGGUGAUGCUAAAUUCACAGAACAAGAUUGGCAAAAAUUGACACCUGAAGAAUUACAAGAAUUAGAACAAAUGUUACAAGAAGAAUAUGAAGAAGAAGAGGCCGAUAGUACUGAUUCAGAAUUUGGCCAUGAUGAUAAUGAAAACUUUGAGGUUCAUGAAUUUGAAUGUAUUGUUUGUGAUAAAAUUUUUAAAAAUGAACAACAAUUUCAAAUUCAUGAGGAUUCUAAAAAACAUAAAAAAAAUGUUCGUCAAUUACAAUGGGAAAUGAAACAAGAAGGGAUUGAAUUGGGUAUAGAUAAACAUGAUGGUGAUGAUUUAAGUGAAUUUGAAACCGCAUCAAGUGAAUUCCACGACGACGACGAUGAUGAUGAUGAUGAUACUGAUGUUAGUGAAGAAUUAGAGGAGGAGGAUUUAGAGGAUCAAGACAAUGAACUCAAAACAGGCGAAGACAACCUAGUGGAGAAAUCUACAGACAAUAUUGAUCUUGAUAAUUUAGAAGUUGAUGAUGAAAUAGAUGAAGAUAUUGUUGCUAAUAUUACAGCAACACCAAAAAAGGAGUCUAAACCCACGUUAAAUGAAGUGGAAGAAGAUUUAGCUCAAUUGUUAGGACAAACAAGUCUAUCGACCAAGGGUAUUGAUGAAUCUGAUGAUGAUUGGCUGGAUAAUAAACGAAAACCUAAGAAGGGUAAAAAGACAAAGAAAAAAUCCCAAACAAAUUCUAAAGAAUCAACACCAAAUACAGAAAAUAAACCAAUUAUCAAUAAUAUUGAAAAAUGUUCAGUAUGUGGAACUACUUUUGAAUCAAGAAAUCAAUUGUUUAAUCAUGUUAAAUCUGAAGGUCAUGCAGCUCCACCACCGAAAUCAAAAUCGAAAUCAAAAAAGAAAAAUAAACGCAAAUAA